AUGCACUCCACCUCGCUCCUCAGCCUGCUCUCCGCGGCUGCCACGGCCAGCGCCGCUUGUCUCCCGCGCGGAACCGGCGCCGUCCAGUGCCCCAUCACUUUCGACGGGCGCAUCCCCGCCACGACCGAGCUGACCGACUUCGACAGCUCCUCCACCUCGCUCUUCAACCCAGACUACGUCAAGGGCUCGAGCCUCAAGUGGAGCCAGAUCAUCCAGUUCCCCGAGGGUGACACCGCCCACUUCGACAACGACACCCUCAAGUCGUUUGAGGUGACCAUCUCCGAUGACAGCAUCUUCCAGACCCAGAAGGGCUUCCGCCGUGCGGGUCUCCAGUUCAAGGGCGACACCAACACCGCCAGCCCGGGCACCACUGGUAUCCAGACCAUCCACCUGAGCGUUAAGAUUGACCCGGCGCGGCCCCUGAACCUCAGCCAUGAGUAUAUUCUGGCGUGGCAUGAGUCUGCUGAUGACGCAAACCAGUUCAACUUCCAAACCGGCACCAUCAUCGGCCAGGAGAGCCUCGGUGCGGACACCUACAAGGUCCUGGACCGCAACAACAAGCAGAUCUGGUCUACCCCCAUCCUCGAGGACUCGUGGCAGAACUUUGCCGUCACCCUCGAUUUCACCGCCAACACUCUCCAAGUCUACUACUCCGAAGGCGACGCCCCCCUCGAGAGCGUGACCGACGCCGUGUCCAACAACAACGCCGGCGAGGGUCAGUACCAGGUCGGCAUCCUCAAGAAGCCGACCGGCACCAGCGAUGUUGUCAACUCGGGGUACCAGGAGAGCGGCAUUGACGAGGGUAUUAUUUACGGCAGCGUGUUUAUUGAGAAUGGCGCUGAUGGGUGCGUCUCGCUGUAA